AUGAGGACUACCACUUCCUUGUCAUUGGCUGCCGCCGCCACCGUCUUGCUGCUUCUGUUGCUGACGACCACCGUGGAGGUUGAAGCCAUCCGGCUGGACGCCGAGAGCCGCGCGGCCGUCAACCAGCAGCAGCAAGUGAACGUUGCCAAUCAGAAACCAAACCAGAACGACUUGACGCAAAAGGACGCGCGCGCGCCCGGCGAGAGGUCGUUACCUGCAGGCGAGAGCGAGACGAAGAGGAGCGUGGCUGUCGCUGUCUCUGUCGCUGGACAGGAGAUCGUCAAGGCAACGGCGCACAAGCUGCCUGAGUUUCAUGAGGACUACUACGGCGCCAGCGUCCAUGAACCUAGGCAUCACUGA